UAAAAAAAAAAAAAACAUGUUUACACAUUGUUGUAAUAUGAAUACAUUCAUGUAAAGUUGUCACAAAACGUAGUUGACGUUUAAAAAUUAUUCAAAAUAGAUUUUAUCUUUUUCUUUGAUGUAUAUAAAUUAAUAUAUUAGAUAUGUUACAUUUACCGAAUACUUUAUCACCGCAAGAAAUAUUAGCAGAGGUUAGGAAAUUUAUUUCAUCGGCUGUCAGACCAACUCACAAUACAAAUACACUUGAUGUAACUAGAACAGCAUUGUUUUUACUUAAAAAUCUUCCUGCUGCAAGGGAUGCAGUACUUGAAUAUUUUUGCAAUGUAUUUUGUAUUGCAGUUAGUAAAUAUGUCCGACAAAUUGAGACAAAUCAAAGCACAGUUAUAUCUGAGGAAAGUAUCAUUGCAGAAAUUUAUUCUGUAUUAAGUAAUUUCAUCCAUGGAAAUCCAGAAGCAUGGGCACCAAUAAUAUCAGCAUGGUCUUUAGAAUUACUUGGUAAAUUAUCAUCAGAAUAUUCAAAACGUGGCAGUUUAUCACCUAACUCUGGAAUCAACGAUUUCUUACAACAAUGGAUGUCUUGUCGUACUACUCGUACAUUGAUCGACAUCACAGCACAAUGUCUUCAAUGUCUUAUGAAUUCGGAUACAGAAUCUUGUAUUAAAGCAUUACUGGAUACAAGUGUAUUACAUAGUCCACAUUUUGAUUGGGUUGUUGCUCAUGUUGGAAGUUGUUUUCCAAAUGUUGUUAUUACCAGAGUAUUAUCUUGCGGAUUGAAAGAUUUCUGUGCAAUGGGUUAUGAAGAUAACGUAAAGAAUCCAAAGUUGAAUUCAGUUGUUGGUAUUCUAGGACAUUUAGCUGGUAGUCACUUUCAAGACAUUAGAACUGCACUUUUGGAUUUGUUUAAAUGGAGUUUGGAUGAAAGUGUAAAUGUCGAUGAAGACACGAGACAACAAAAAUUAGCUACGGUACCAUUUCUUUUAAAUUUAGCUUCCCUUUCUCAAACUUUGUUAAAAGCGAUAACUAGUGAUAUUUCACAAAUAUUAAAUCCCGAUGUGAUUCCACGACUUGCUUUAUACGCCUCAGAUUGGUGUAAAUAUUUCAAUAAUCAACCGGAGGCAUUGAUUGAUUUAGCUGUACAUUUAGCGUUGGGUUGCGAACAAGGAGCAUCUCAGAUAAUAAUUGUUCUAUUAGAUACUAGUUUGAAUACAAGCAAUGUUGGAUAUCACAGUGUUAAUGCAACUCAAAGUGUCAAGAAUGUAUGUCGUGAAAUAUUAGAGUUAAUGCUAGAAGAAAUAAAUUUAACUUUAAGGACACAUAACGUACAGUCUGCAAAUAUUUCUCUUUUAAAUUCCAUCAAACAAGAGUUACCUGUGAUAAUACCAUUACUUCUAAAUAGAGAUCCAUUGCGAGUUCAAACAGCAGUGAGAUUAUUGUGUUUUAUCGGUGGACAGAGUUCUAACAUUUUAAUAUCUGCAGCAUCAUUUAUGUUGGUAAAAGCACAAACGACAUUUCAUUUAGCCGCAUUGAUACAUCUUAUUUCUAACAAUUCUAUAUUGUUUCCUAUAAACAAACCAGAAAGCGAAACUAUGUUUGCUAAUCAUGGUUAUUUUACGCAAGUAGUAGAACAAGCACUUCGAGAAAUUCAUUAUAAGAGUCUUACAGAGAUUCAAGAGUCAAGACAAUUAUUUGAAAAUCUUACGAUAUUAUUAAAGUGGGAGAAAUCUAACAGAGUUGUAGUAUUUAGAUCGAAAAUGGUAACUAGAGCCAUCAAAUCGAAUUUACUUCAAAUUUCUUCAUUAUUAACGAAAACAGAUAAUUUUGAUUUAGCUAGUGACAUAGCUGGAAUGUUAGCUUUAUUAAGUAUGCCUGGGAAAGAUUAUUUUGUACCAAACAUUGAACUUGCAUUGAAAUUAGUUAAAGCAAUAUUGGAAUAUUUCUUUCUAUGUAUAGCAGAAGAAGAUAUUAUAAAGAAAGAGAAAGGCAUCAAAAUAGUUUGCCAUUUGUUAAAGGAUUUAACAUGUUAUUCUCAGUGUGCACGAGUUUUAGCACUCAGAGAUAUUUUGGUACACUGUAUUAAUAAUGAUCCAGCUAAAUAUUUUGGUGCAAAGGAAAAAUUUGAACAACAAUUUGAAGAAAUGUUACUGCUACAUCAAAAUCAUAAACAGGUCACAAGUACGAUGCUAGCUCAAAGAAAUUCUUCUGUAUUUCAUGCUGGUGUAAUAGGUCAUGGUCCAAGAAGACCACCACCAGAAAAUAAUCUCGACAAAGGAAUUAUUACUAUAAAUAAAAUGUUAUUAAUUGAUGUGAUAAAAGCUUGCUGUAGCAAUCAAGAAUCAGAACAAUAUCCUGUUAAUUUAGAUGCAUUAACAAUGGUUAGUUUAUUAUUGGUUGAAUUAGUAUCACCCGAUGUUAUGUAUAAUGGUUUACCCUGGCCUGAUGAAGAAUUUACCAAAGUUACUGUAGAAAGAGAUUUACAAAUUCGUCGUACGUUCAAAGAUGUACCCCUUUUAUGGACACUGUUGGAAUUAACAGCUUGGUACAGGCCAGCAUUAGCAUAUUGUUCUGUUUUGUUAAGAGGAAUAGCAGCUACAGUUAUGGCUAAUUGGAAUAUUGAAGAAGGUGUUGCAUUAUUAAAUGUUAUGGCGCUUGGACAAUUGUUACCACCACCGUUAGCAAGUAUCAGAGAUAUUUUACCUGUUCUAGAACCUAAUCAGAUAAAUACCGUUAUGAGAGAAUGCGUAUGGGCAUACAUGAGAGAGAAUGUUCCAUCACCGGCAUUAUUCACUCGAAAUGAAGGAUCUAACAUAGCAUGGAGAGAUACCGAUACUUCGAUUCCAAACACACGUUUCAUUGAAAUACUUCGUUUGAUUUUACUCGCUAACAUUCACAAUUUAGGUCCACUUUAUUCAACAUUGUUUUUUAAUGAACACAAAUAAUAAUAAUAAUAAUAAUAAUAAUAAUAAUGAUGAUGAUGCAA